AUGAGUAGUAUCGAAAGCAUCAAAGAUCCCUUGUCACACGCUGACACGCUAGUCAAGGAUGACAAGUUGGCUCAAGCCACAAGGUCAGUUACCGGUAAUCAGUCUGAGUUGACCUCGGAUGAAAAAGCACACCCGCUUGCUAAAACAACAAAGUCGAUUGGUGUCAAGAGGGCCGAGUUGAUGAAUAUGCAGCUCGACUCUAUUUGGUUAAAGGCCUGCUUCUUUUUCAGUAUUUUCAUAGUUGCAUACGCCUAUGGAAUCGAUGCCAAUGUUCGCGGGAACCUCACGUACUAUGCAACUUCUUCAUACCAACAGCAUUCACUCCUCACCACCGUCGGGGUGAUGCAAGCAGUGAUUGCGGCUGCGGCCCAGCCAUUCUACGCUAGGUUAUCAGAUAGGUUCGGCAGAAUGGAGCUCUUUAUCUUGGGUAUUGUCUUCUCCGUCAUUGGUACAAUCAUUCAGUCCCGCGCCUAUGAGAUCAAGCGAUUUGCUGCUGGCGCCGUGUUUUACCAACUUGGAUUUUGUGGAAUCAUCAUCAUGACGCAUGUGAUCUUGGCCGAUUUUUCCAAUUUGAACUGGAGAUUGGCCUGCUCAGCGGUACCUGGUUUGCCAUUCCUCAUAAACACUUGGGUAGGCGGAGACAUUUUGGCCUCUGUUCUCGCGCAUUACUCAUGGCAAUGGGGAAUCGGUAUGUGGGCGUUUAUACUUCCACUUGCGUGCUUGCCUUUGAUUUCUUGCUUCAUAUACAUGACAUUUCAAGCUCGCAAGGAUAGCCGAUGGGAGUCCUUGCGCAAACAAAAGGAGGCGCCUAUUCCUCAUUCGAAAAAGACGCUCAAAUUCUGGACAACCUUGGCCUUGAGGGUUCUCAGGGCAAAGAGAAAAUUGGCGAUUGAGUUGUUCUGGGAUUUGAACCUUGUUGGAUUAUUCAACUUCCUCAUUGUCUUUGGAUUCAUCUUGGUGCCAUUAACUCUUGCAGGAGGCGUUUCGUCUCAAUGGGCAAAAGCAUCCACAAUUGUUCCCUUGGUGAUUGGCGUCGUCUGGAUCCCCGUUUUCAUCAUUUGGGAAGCAAAGUUUGCAAGGUCACCAAUCAUGCCAUUCUCAUUGAUGAAAGACAGAGGCGUGUGGGCUGCAAUUCUCGUGAUUAUACUUUUCGAUAUUGUGUUUUGGAUGGCUUAUGAUUUCAUGUACACCGUUUUGAUUGUGGGCAUGAAUGCCAGCGUCAGAGCAGCAGCAAGAAUCGUGGCCCUUUACGGGUUCGUCACCGCCCUCACGGGAGUCUGCCUUGGUCUCGUGGUUACCCGUAUGAGAAGGUUGAAGCUUUUCAUCAUUUUCGGCUGCCUGAUGUGUUCUGUUGCCAUGGGCAUUCUCUUGCACUUUAGAGGAACAAACGAUGGUAUUGAAAGCGAAAAGUACAUCAGGGGAGUCAUUGGCGGCUUGUGCUUUUUCGGUUUUUCGUCUGCGUUCCUCACCUUCCCUACCCAAGUCAGCAUUGCAACUUGCACCAACCACGAGCACAUGAGUGUGAUAAUUGCCGUUCUCAUGGCUUGUUACUGGAUCGGUCAAAGUAUCGGCACUUCCAUCAGCGGGGCAAUCUGGACCAACAAAAUGUACAACAUCAUCUUGGCCAAUAUGAUUGAAAUGAACAUUGAAAAUGCGGCCGAGCUAGCCUUUAUGGCUUAUGGAUCAGCAUUUGAGUUUGCUGCUCUUCACCCAUGGGGCACACCAGCUAGAGUUGCAGUUGCUUUUGCUUAUGCUCAAGUUCAAAAGUAUCUUUGUAUGGCAGGAUUGAUUGUGUGUUUUCCCAUGAUUGUCUUUGCCUUCUUGUUGAGAGACCACAAAUUACUUUCCGUUCAGGCAUUGGAAACAACUGUUACCGACGAAAGUGGACUGUCAACCAAAGAUGGUGACAUUGUUGUCAAUCUGAACGAUGACGAUAUCGUGUUUGCAAAGAUCAAAUCAAUUUACAGAUCCAUCAGACGCUGA